GGAAAAACAAAACGUGUGAUAAGUAUAGGAGAUCUAGAGAUAUGUAUCUUCACUCCGGAUGACUCGCACCAGAGUAUAGUGAGAGCGGCCAAACAUCUGUGCUGUCAGAUCGCACCCAUCGAUCAAAACAUGAUCACAGAAUAUUUAAAGAAAUCGUACAGUUUUCCCGAUCCGGAACUGCUUAUCUCAUUCGGUGGGUCGCCCUCUGUGUACGGCUACCCCUUAUGGCAACUAAGGCUAACAGAGAUGUACUUUCUUCCAACCCAUCGAGACAUACAAUUCGAUGAUUUCUAUGAAAUUCUUGAUAAAUAUUCGAGAUGUGAACAAAGAUGUGGCAAAUGAUCUAUUAUUAGGUUUUAAAACUAUAUUAAUAUUAUUAUAAUAAUUAUAUUUGUUUUACUGUUUUGCCCUUCAAAUUGUUUUUAAAUUAAUUAUGACAACAAAUAUUAUAAAAAUCAAGUUUUUAUUUUUUAAUUAAAUUUUAAAUGAUUUAGUAAUUGUCAAGAGA